CACUCGCCUCGUUUCUCGUGUGACAAGGACAGGUAAUCAGCAGAGAGGGAGACCAUCAGGCAACGGCGACCUCAGCCCAGGACCAGCCACACAUCACCCGGAGAUCACAGCGGCUACAAUGGCUGACGUGUUCUCCAUGAAUGAUGCAAGGAACCUCCUCAAGGACAAGUUUGUGCUUCUGAUUGGAGACUCAAACAUGAGGGGCAUCUACAAGGACCUGCUGUGCCUCCUCCACCAGGGCGUCAUAACACCUGAGAAAAUCCUGCGCCGGGGCAGUGAGGAAGUGCCACAGUAUGGUGAUGAGAUCAUUGACAUUGCCAACUUGAGGAUGGGCCGCAGCUACUUCGAGGUCCGGCAGUGCAAGAGGAAAGAGCUGUGGGUGCGCUUCAUCUUCGUGACACAAGUUGCCGCUCCCACCUUGAUGAAGGAACUGAAGAGCAUAGAGGAAGGCAAGCUGCCCCUUCCUGACAUUGUUAUUGUGAAUUCCUGCCUGUGGGACAUAACAAGAUGGGGCCCAGAGCAGGAGGACCAGUACAAGCAGAAUGUGGCAAAUUUCUUCCACCGCCUCCAGUGCAUGCUGCCCCCAGCGUCCCUGGUGAUGUGGCUGGCCUCCCUGCCCGUCGCCACAGAGAGAGUGAAGGGCGGCGUGUUCAUCCAGCAGAUUGAGUUUAUCAAGCACAGCAUGCGGUUCAUGCUGCUGGAAGCCAACAUGUUCAUCCACAACUUGUGUAGAGUGUUUGGCUUCAGCUUCCUUGACCUCCAUUACUACAUGCAGUACCAACUCAGCAGACGAACCAAUGACGGGCUGCACUGGGAACCACCCGCUGUUAGAUACAUGACCAACCUCAUCCUGACACACAUCGCACUGUCCUUCAGUGAGGAGUUACCAGGGAACAUUGACAAGCCCUUCCUGCUGCAGAACCAUGCCAAGGUCAGAGAGGUGACCCUGGAGGAUGAGGAGAGCAAGAAGAUAUACUUGGAUUCAAAAAUAACCAAACACUUGGGUAAGCUCGGGCUUCAAGUGAAAAGAGUGAUGGAUGAAAUGCCUUCCUCGGAAAGAAAGAAAGAGGAGUCACAACAGAAGAGAGUAAAGUGUGUGGCGAGGCACCCCAGCAGGGAUGGAGGCGGCAGAAGCAAGUGCAGCAGCCAGUCAGUGUCAGUAAAACCUCCACAGAGCAGAGGGUUUGUCAACCCCAUGAGUGGAAGGUUGUCGAGUCACAGGGACAUGAGAAGUUCCCAGUACUCUGUGGGCAUGCAGGUGGAUGGACCAUCAAGCCAGUACUUCACAGGUGAUGGUCUUUCGAGCUCUGUGCAGGGACUACAGCUACUGUUCGACAAUAUUAAUGUAGCAUGGCAACUUCAGAGCUGUGGCCAGCAACCCAUCGCCUCGCAGAGGCAGCCAAUUACUGUUUAUAAAAUUACUGUUUAUGAUGAUCUGAUCCUGGAUAAACUAGCACAUCUUUGA